AUGCCUUACAACAUUGCCAUGGUCAGCGACAACUUCUUCCCCCAGCCCGGCGGAGUGGAAAGCCAUAUGUAUCAGCUGUCUACCAAGCUGAUCGAUCGUGGGCACAAGGUUGUGGUGAUCACGCACGCGUACAAAGGCCGCACCGGCAUCCACUACCUGACAAAUGGACUGAAGGUCUACCAUGUUCCCUUUCUAGUCAUCUACCGAGAGACAACCAUGCCCACGGUCUUCUCGUUCUUUCCCAUCUUCCGCAAUAUCGUCAUCAGGGAGGAAAUCCAGAUUGUUCAUGGCCAUGCGAGCCUGAGCAGCUUUUGCCACGAGGCUAUUCUUCACGCUCGAACAAUGGGUCUGCGCACCGUCUUUACCGAUCACUCACUCUUUGGAUUCGCAGACGCUGCCUCCAUCUUAACGAACAAACUACUGAAGUUUACCCUGAGCGAUGUCGACCAUGUCAUCUGUGUGAGCCACACAUGCAAGGAAAAUACCGUUCUUCGAGCGUCUCUCGACCCGUUGAUGGUUUCCGUGAUACCUAAUGCCGUGGUUGCCGAGAACUUUCAACCCAAGUCAUACGUGCCCAAGUCAGACAACGAUCCCGGCUACAUGAGGCCCCGGCCACUUCCCCAGCGCCUUGGCCCUGGAGACACGAUAGUGAUUGUGGUCAUUUCCCGACUCUUCUACAACAAGGGAACCGACCUUUUGAUUGCAGCAAUCCCACGAAUCCUUGCCGCGCAUCCCAAUGUCCGCUUCAUCAUCGCCGGCUCAGGGCCGAAAGCCAUCGAUCUGGAGCAGAUGCUCGAACGGCGCAUGCUUCAAGACAAAGUGGAGCUGCUGGGGCCCGUCCGCCAUGAGGAAGUCCGUGAUGUGAUGGUCAAAGGGCAUAUCUACCUACAUCCAAGCUUGACCGAGGCCUUUGGGACGGUCAUUGUGGAAGCCGCGAGUUGUGGGUUGUACGUGGUUUGUACCCGAGUCGGAGGCAUACCUGAGGUGCUUCCGGCACACAUGACAACCUUUGCUAAGCCUGAGGAGGACGAUCUGGUGGUGGCGACUGGAAAGGCUAUUGCUGCUUUGCGCUCGGGCAAGGUAAAGACUGAACGAUUCCACGACCAGGUCAAGAUGAUGUAUUCUUGGACCGACGUUGCGCAAAGAACCGAACGGGUGUAUGACGGCAUCACGGGCGCAAUUACCGAACAAGAAUUUUACGGUCAACAUGCUAACGCCCCCUGGAGCGCCUCCCGUGUUCGGGGAUACGCACUGAUUGAUCGAUUGAAACGAUACUAUGGAUGCGGUAUAUGGGCUGGGAAGCUAUUCUGCCUCUGCGUUAUCAUCGACUAUCUGAUAUUCCUGUUCCUGGAGAUCUGGGCCCCCCGAUCGCGCAUCGACGUAGCGCGAUCUUGGCCACGGAAGCCCUUCAUCAAUGAUAAGAACAAGCCCGUGGAGAACGGCACAUAUCGUCGACGAGGUACAGAUGUUAUGGACCGACGGAAUGGUAGUCUUGUCAUGCGAUGA